AGGAGGAGCGGAGGAGAGAGCUGGGAGUGCCAUGCCCUGUCUAUCAAACAGUGGACUGGUUCGACUUGUCACGGAGCCUUUCGGACAAACAAUGUAAUUCAGUAACAGAAAAUAGUAAGUUGUUAGUUAAAGAAGAAGGGAAGAGGCAACCGGCAACACCGAGGCGUCGCAACGGAGUAACUACGCAGGAUGGGCGAGCAGGCGGACACUGCGUUUAAAACCACUGGUUCCAAGUGGCUGCUGCCAGUCAGCGAAUACUUGGGCUUUCCUCUUGAUCAGGUGAACUUUUUGGCGUGCCAGCUGUUUGCCCUGGCUGCUGCCUUCUGGUUUCGUCUCUACCUCAGUCCGAGCCAUGCCAAUCCCCUGGUCAGACACGCUGUGGCCACUCUCCUUGGCAUUGCCUUUCUCAUCUUCUGCUUUGGAUGGUACUCAGUUCAUAUCCUGACAGUGGUGGUUGCAAGCUACCUGAUCAUUGUCAACACCGACAUCAAUAAUGUACACAGAUAUUCCAUGGUGACAGCUAUGGGCUAUCUGACAGUGUGCCAAGUGAGCCGAGUCUUCAUCUUUAACUAUGGCAUACUGUCCACUGACUUCUCUGGGCCUCUGAUGAUAGUAACUCAGAAGAUCACCACACUGGCUUUCCAGCUCCAUGACGGUAUGUGUAAGAAAUCUGAACAGCUGACUCCGGAGCAGAAGUUUCUGGCGAUAAAUAUGAGGCCUUCUCUCAUUGAAUACCUGAGUUACAAUCUGAACUUCCUGAGUGUCUUGGUGGGACCGUGCAGUGAUUAUAAAGACUACAUAGACUUCAUAGAGGGCAGACACAUUAGCCAGAGGCUCAGGCAGCGCUCUGGGACGUGUACUGGGCAGAAUGGCUAUGAUAAGACACCGGACCUGUCACCUUUGCCUGCUGUCUGUCAAAAGCUGCUGGUGUGCUGUGGCUGUAUGCUGUUCUUCCUCAUUGUGACUCGGUCCUUGCCAGUAACGUACAAUGUGGACCCCUACUUUGUCAGCCACGCCCCCUUCCUCAACAGGCUCAACUACGCUUUCUUCUCCAUACAAGCAGCAAGGCCCAAAUUCUACUUUGCCUGGACACUAGCCGAUGCUGUGAACAACGCUGCAGGUUUUGGUUUCUUGGGGAUGGAUGAAAAUGGACAGCCAUCAUGGGAUCUCAUCUGCAACCUCAACAUCUUGGGGAUUGAGACUGCGACCAGCUUCAAGACAUUCAUAGACAACUGGAAUAUCAGAACAGGAAUUUGGCUCAAAACUGUGUGUUAUGACCGAGCCCCCAAGCACCGGUUGGCGUUGACCUUCAUCCUGUCUGCCCUUUGGCAUGGUGUUUAUCCAGGGUAUUAUUUUACCUUCAUCACAGCCAUCCCCAUCACCAUGGCAGCACGAGCAAUAAGGAAAUCUAUUCGCCACUACUUCCUGGGCUCCAGAGGCUUGAAGAUGAGUUACGACAUCUUAACUUGGGCAGCCACUCAGCUGGCCAUCUGCUACACUGUGAUGCCUUUUCUACUUCUUGCAGUAGAGCCCACUUUGGUUUAUUACAGGUCUAUGUACUUCCACGUGCACAUCAUCAGCAUUCUGGCUGCGAUCGCCCUGCAUCGGAAACACAAAACCAGGGACCCCUCUGCGACCACUAAAACAUUUUCCUCCGCCUCCUCCUUCUCGUCUUCGUGCUCAGCCCAGUGCCAGCCUGUUCACUCCAACAACAAUGACAAAGUAGACUGAAAAUCCCCUCUUCAUGUUCUUUUACCAGGCUCUCAGUCCAGUGUUCUCUCAAAGACAAGUGAGCAUCCCUAAAGGGCAUUCAGCCAACUUCAAACGGGAAACCAGUGUGUUAUUUAUUUUUUUGGGGACAUAAUGCAGGAUUUGAGCCUAUAUGGUGCUGGAUGUGCACAGGAAGAGCCGUUCUGCCAUAUUACAAGAUUAAGACAAUGCAUUAAACAUAAGCUCAGCAGGCAGACUGAAAAGAGAAACAUUAGCUGAUGGGAAUAUCUCUGGUACCACCGUCAACACCACCAGGACCCUAGCCUCCCUCCACUUUCCAUAGCCACUAUUCCCUACAUGCCCAUCUCAACACCAGCCUGCCUGCUCCAGCAACAAUGCAACAGUGUGAAGAGAGAAAGGAGGCUCACUUUUUAUCCCUGUCCUCUAUCUGCACUGUCCUGCCCCAUGGUGGGAUGAAAGCCAGGACAGUGGGAGAACAGCUCAAACAAGGCACAAAUACCAGGACACACACACACACACACACACACACACACACACACAAAUACACAAAAACUCAUGCAUAAACAGACACUUGGAAACAAAUAUGCACAUACUCUCUCUUAGACACGCUCGUACUUGGCCACACUCUGAUGGCACACAAAGGCUGCCCUUGUGUGGCCACAACAAAAGAGCAUGCCAUGGGGAGAGAGAGCCCAUGUACCCGCUGCACCCACUGUGCCCAGAGGAUGUGUGUGUGUGUGUGUGUGUGUGUGUGUGUGUGUGUGUGUGUGUGUGUGUGUGUGUGUGUGUGUGUGUGUGUGUGUUGACCCUCUGCAUUAUCUCAGUGACCCUGUGUGUGUGUGUGUGGACCUCGUCAUGAAAAACUGUGGUCUGUCUCGAUAUUCCUCCCACUGGGUCGAGAGCAGCUUGAAAUACAAAUUAGACUAUAUAGCUCUCAAACUCUCCACUGAAACCGUAACUAUUGAAGUUUUUAUUGAAGGCAAGAGGACAGCUCUUCCAGGUGAGGAGACUUGACUGUUCUCUUGAACAAGUAAACACUUUAUUAUAGUUUUUUAUGGAUAAUCCUGUCCUGUAGCUAUCCCCCUGUAAACAAAAGGGAGUGGCUAACAGAUAUUUAAAGAAUAAACCAUACGGUCGGCCGACAAGCUCUUGCUCAUGUUGGUUUGCAUCUGCACCGAAUUGUAAUAAAUUAUGAAACGGUGCAAUAUGAGCACAAAGUGAAGCUAACUAUAAAAAACAAAGGCUUUCCAAUCAUUAUCAUUCUACUUUCCCCAAGGAAUAUGUUUUUCUGCUGAAGCAGUAGGGAAUGUAAUAUUGACACAGUUCUUAUCAUGUGAACGGUGCUGGAAACCUGCUAUCAUGAUAUAAAGUAAUUGAACAAAAAGCUGUGGCGAAACUGAGAGGAAAUACAUUUGAAGUUCCUCUUUUUGGGAGGUACCCAUUGCACAUUCAAAGAAUGGAAAAUAUGAUCAAAAAACAGGAAUUUUACAAGUUAAAAUGUAUUUCUUGUCAGUGGGAGUUUGGUGUUGUGUUCUUUCUGAGAAAGAACACAUUUAAAACUAGAUUUACCAGAGCUUAUCAGCAGCUGCAGGUUGAUUGAACAGAGACACCUGCUGGUUGUUUGUACUGUCUGAACUCUGCUGAAUGAAGUAAUGAAGGUAAGCCAUGUGGGACUGACUGAAACUGCCACUGCGCAGCAUCUCCCAAUGCAGCUUCAUACCGACCAUGAGUUGAACACCUACUUUUCCCCUAAUAGUAUAAUUUCUUUGCAAAAUUUCACAAUAGCUUCACUUCACUAGCUUAUACCUUUGCACACUUAGAAGCUGAUGUUUGUGGUUAGAAAAUACGGUGAAAACUGACACAUUUUCUUAAAUUAUUAAUUAUUGUUCUGUUGUUUCUCGUUAUGGAAGCGUUAUCACUCAUGAGAGGUUCGGGAGCAUUGGGAGAAUUAAAAGUGGCACAGUGGCUUGGUUAUUAAUGGUGCUAUCUGCUGCAGGCUAGCAUGUUAAUUUUCAGCUACAAUUAUGGGUUGAUUAUAAAGAGGUUUGCUAACAAUGCUAACAAGUUGCAAUGCAAGAAAUCUUUUUGGUAAUGUGCCUGGUGAAGAACAAUUACACUUGAAAAUGCCAGCUUGUCCCUUUUUAAAUGCAUGUGAAGAGCAUAUUUAACAGUUUAAUCAUGCACUAAUUGUAAUGCAUUUUAUUACCUGCCUUAUAUCUUUUAGGCUAAUCUCAACUUUUUGAGUUCAGUAAAAUGUAUUUUAUGACUUGCCUGUUUUGGCUCAGUUUACAUAUUGACUGAAGCCUCUUAUUCUUAAUAUGUAGAGCCUGUUUGUACAAGAAAAAAAAAAUCAAAAACGGUGUAGCCUACAGGUGUUUCGUAUUUUUCUAUCGGGACAGAAGAUAACAUCUGUGUAACAUGAAAAUCUCACCUCUUAGCUUUGCUGUGACAGGGACCCCGUCCACAAAACAAGUGUUGACAUUAGGCAGGGGGGGGGGGCAUUUCAUCUAAUUAACAGUAAUUAUUAGACAAAUACCACAGGGGUCAUUGUUCAAGGGGUAAAUUAUCAAGAUUUUAGGUGAAACGAGAAGUAGCGGAAUGUGCAAAUUAACCUAUUGUUAUAGUCUCUCAGCUAAUUAGAACAAAUUACUUUCAAGACUUUUUUAUCUCUUGGGUUAGGGUUUUGAGUAAAGAUGGCAAUAUUUAAUUUUUGUGAAUUAUUUUAAUGUUUAGCUGCACAUUAGUACCUCUCUUGGAGUUAAUGAAGUGUCAGUAGUGAGUUGUCUGGGGACCUGUAGCCAUUUAUGUGCAAAAAGCCAUUUUGCCUGCAAUUAUUAACAAUUAGACCUGGAAAAAAAAAAAAAAAACUUAAAUGUUGAUGGCAAUUCAAUUUGUCCCCACAACAGACAUUGUCGAACAAUUGACUGCACCUCAACUCCUCAAGUGGUGUGUGUGCUGAAAAAUGAAACUGCUCGUCCCAAGUACUGCUUUGCUAUAGCAUGAAAUUGCUUUUGUGAAACAACCCUGAGUAACUGAUAUGGAACGAGCUGUAGCCUUUAAAUAUGUUUGUGUUAUCAAUAACAUGUUCACGGCAUUGUAUGUCUGCAUGUGUUUUUAGGGCAGGGAAAUGAGCGAUGAGUGGCACAUAUAUAGUAUGAAUGUGACGUCAGAAUGAGCAGCUAUUUGAAUGACUUAAUACUGAUUAUGAGGAUAUUUUUUGUAUGUGUUUUUUGAAAGCGUAUGUGUGAUCAAAUAUACUGACUGUGAGAGUGUGUGUUUGUUUUUGUGUGUGUGUGAGAGAGAUAUUUUCUUAUUACCCCAUUGUUCCAUUUUAGUAUUGUUUGUAUGCAGGAAAGAGUGAGUGGUAUAGAAAAAAAUGUAGAAUAACAAAUAAAGCUUUAGUGAAACAAAUGUUAA